CGUCACGAGAGUCACCCGUGUUCUUUCCAGCUGACUAUCGCCUCGGCUCUAGCACAAACUGCUUCUUGGUCUUCAGAGACAGAGAGCGGGAGAGAAGCGGAAGAAAAACCAUUGCAGUUGAUUGCAUGGCUCACAAUUUUAUUUUUUGGACGAAAAAUAUUUUAUCUAUUUACCUUUUAUCAGAAAGGACUCAUGCAAUUUUAAUUUUAUCAUCGCUAAAGAAUAACCUGCAUUUCUUUCAAGUUUUCACAUUAAAAUAUUAAAUCCGAGGACGACAAUAAGCCUGUCUCUCUGUCUCAGUUGAAGGCUGUCUCACCUCGUUGGUUCUCCAUGGACAUCCGUCGUUGUCCGAUAUUUUUAUUUUUAAUGGGAUAUAUAAAUCCAAGUCGGGAAGAAAAUCAACGUAAUUUGAUUGGAAACAACAAAUAAACGAAUAGUGCAAGUGACUCAAGGACUGGAUCAGUAUCGCAAAAAUCAAGCUGCUGCGUUUUUUCAAGAUAACUGUCUAAUGCAGAGCGAGGAUACUACACACGAAGACGAAAUUAAAUACCAAAUUGCUUGCGGAACACUUGAAGACUUAAAUAUCAAUAUUUUAUAUUGACAAUUAGCCUGAGAAAUAGCAAUACCGAUUAACACAACGUCCACACAUCGGAAGACGUACUAUAUUGAAUUAAUGUAACAUAGAUAGAAAAAUAUAUAGCUAUACGUAUAAAUAUACGUCCAGUUGCGCUACCAACUUGGCAAACUAAUGUCGCGGUAGGGGGGUGGUAACCAUAAGUAAAACAAUAAUAUUAGACUUUGUACAUUGGUAUGCGUACAUGGAUGUCAAUGUCGAGUUGUCUUCCGUAAUAUACUAACGUUGUAAACCAAUAUACAAAGUAUCCGCUGUCUGAUCGAUAAACUGGGGAUUCGUUGGGUCAGCUGCCCCAUCCCUCAUCAACCAACUCUAGCGCGCCAGGAAUCAGCGGCCGUCCAGUGAUGUCCAGGCCACUCUCACAACUUCUAACCCCAGACCUCCCUGCUGGAGCAAGCCCUCAAUUCGGAAAUGGCAACUCGAUGAAUGGUUCACCGAGCGGUGGGCAUUUGAAUUCCAUGGCCAGCCUAAAGUCCCUUCUGCAGCUCCCCAUCAAAGGUGAUCAGCGAGGCAAAGACUGUUGCGAUAUGAAAGACAAAGACAAACCCCUGGACUCGGAUGAGGACUCUCUGGGCGGGGUGGGGGUCGGAGGAGGCGGCAGCGGGUGCAGCCUGCGCUCCUCCUCCCAGUCGGCCUUCCUGGGACCCCUGCUUUGGGAGCGCACCCUGCCCUGUGACGGGGGCCUGUUCCAGCUGCAGUACAUGGACCUGGAGGAGUUCCUCACGGAGAACGGGAUGGGCUGCAUGCACAGCAACAGCUCCAGCUCCGCCCAGAUACCAUCCCAGAGCUCCCAGUCCGCCAUUCCCAACCAGAGCUCCCAGUGCCCCCCCUCAUCCCCUCCGCCCUGCUCCUCGUCCUCGUCCUCCUCCAUGUCUUCCUCCUCCUCCUCCUCCUCGCUGCUGGGGCUGGACAUGCAGCAGGCACCGCAAAGCAUUCUGGGAGGGUCAGAGUGUCUACACGUCCCUCCCGACCCAUCACCGUCCUCUUCUCCGUCCUGCCCCCCACUGCCGGGGCCCCCCUCGACCAACGCAGAUGGCGUGGUGGUGAACUUCGACCCGGACCCUGCGGACCUGGCCCUGUCGAGCGUACCGGGCCAGGAGGCUUUUGACCCGCGCCGCCACCGCUUCUCCGAGGAGGAGCUCAAGCCACAGCCCAUGAUCAAGAAGGCCCGGAAGAUGCUGGUGCCGGACGAGCAGAAGGAUGACAAGUACUGGUCCCGACGGUACAAGAACAACGAGGCGGCCAAGAGGUCGCGGGACGCCCGGCGGCUGAAGGAGAACCAGAUCUCGGUGCGGGCGGCCUUUCUGGAGCGAGAAAACGCGGCGCUGCGGCAGGAAGUGGCCGACAUGCGCAAGGAGCUGGGCCGCUGCCGUAACAUCCUCAACAAGUACGAGAGCCGGCACGGGGACUUGUGAGCAGGAGGAGGAGGAGGAGGAGGAUGGGGGAUCUGAGGAGGAAUACGUUUUGUAUGCGGUGAGAAAAAAAAACUCAGAGGACAAAAAAAAAAACUCGGACAAAAUGGUCCUGGAAGUGGAGGAGCACCGUGUGGCGGAGGAAGAGUCUGAGUUUUGAUGAGAACUGAGCUGUAAUUGUUUUCUAUGAUAAAACAUUGUAUAUUUUUGAACUGGGGGGUCAAAGGAUGGAAGGAAUUAGAGGAUAAAGCGAUAUUGGAUAAGUGAGUCGCAUGGGGCUGAGAGGCCAUUUUGACACAGGGAAUCUGUAUAUUUUUAUAUUUGCAAAGAGAGAGUUCAGAGGAAAUUUUGGAAAUAAUCUUUUGUAUAUUUUAUAUAUCGGCGUGAGGGGUUGGGUGAAACGGAGAGAGGAUGGGGGAGUCCGGAAGGUUUUAAAAACAGGAUUACCAGGAAUCAAUUUAUUCUGAUUAAUUAAUCCUUCAAGGAGGGAAUGAAACAGACGGGAUCAGGGCUUUGGGGGGGGGGGGGUGUAAUUUGAGCAGUGGAAUUUUUCAGUGGAAUUGUGUACGAUGGGUAACUAGUUGAUAUUCAGUUACAAUUUCAGAAAAAAAAGAAAACGCAAUGAAAAGUGUAUAGUUCAAAUUAUUAUUGUGAGUUCAUUCAAGCACUUAAUUUGUUAUUCCUUUAUUGAAUUAAAAUGUAUGUCUGUCAGUGAGGGUAGGGGGAAAGAGCGAGAGACUGUAAAACAACUAAUCACAGCAACGAUCUGCACAUGCAGAUAUCUGCAUGAGCAUAUGCAGAGAACUUUCCAGGGAUAUAUUUAAACGGGUGAAUAAUACACAUAUGCCCACACAAACGUAUUUUUACACGUAGUCAUACACAUGUUAACAUGUCUCUCCAAAUCACAUUGGUUCUUUGCGUACCCUUGAGCAUGAAUUGCCCUGUCGAUGUAAGGUGGCCACCAUGCGUGAACGAGGGUACUGCAUGACAGACAAGCCAUUAAUUUAUGAUCACCCAUCAUUUCUCUCUCUGCAGGAUAUGUAAACUGAGUAAAACUGGUUUAGAAGUUAUCGUCCAGGUUCAGCUGCCUGUGACUCUAACGCACACGUUUAGCACAGCAUUUCAUUUAGAUGGCCCUUGUGAGUGGCCAAAUCAUGGCAAAAUGCAGCCUUUUCUGUGACUACACAUACAUAACAGUACUUAACUGCCUACAUCCUUUCAGGUUUUGUAAAAAAAGAAAUGAUAUAUAAUGUCACGUUACGCAACAUAUUUAUACCUCCAAGAACUAGUCCUAUUCCUCGUGAAAAAUUCACGCUUGUGUUAUUGAUUAUUGUUUCCUUCAGAUACUGUAAUAUUUACAACUCAAUAUACAUGUGGGAAUAAUGCUGGUCGGUUGUGGAAUCUCAGAAAUGAUCGGAACACCACCAACUGACUAUGGGAGAAAGGGUCUAUGAAAACCAGUGCUGGGUUUGCAGAGUUAAAAAAUCUUUGUUAGUCAUCGAGAUUAAAUGUCAUUCUUUGUAUUAUUACUCUUAUAAUUGCUAGUAGUAUUAUUAUUGAUGUUGUUAUUUCUCUUUAAUUUUUUUUGUUAUAAGCAUUCUAUCCAGUGGCUUUCUGGAGGUGUGUGCUUUUCUUUUACCUCCCCUUUAACUGCCCUCAUAUUUCCAGACCAAUUAAACUACACUUCCCAUGAACCAGUGUACCGUCAGCACCAUCAGGUCCCAGGUGCAAUGUGGGGGCUUAUGUCUCAUCUUCGUGCGUCUGACACAAAGCAUUUGACACAAAGGAAAAAACAAACAAAGGAAAACUACAAAAAGAGACCUUUUUUCAGGACGUUUUCCGAUUACUCAUCCCGGCAGCCUCCCCCAUACUGGCUGCGUUGACCAGGUGCUGCUUAUCCCACGAAUCUUGGGAAAAUGAGUUUUCUUUCUUUUUUUUGUAACCUGGAAAUUGUUUGUAGAAGCUUAUAAACUUUUGACAGUACUAUUUUUCUAUGUAACUGUGUAAGCAUACAGCAACUUUCAGGGACAGCUGUAGCCCACUGUUUUGUCAGUAUGCUACCAAACUGGAUUGCGGGUAAUGUAGUCAUCCUUUCUUUCUCUCCUGAAGUGGAUUAUGAAGACCUCUUCAUCUAAUUUUUAUGAACUGCUUGUCCCGUGACCAUACCCACAAGCUUACAGGUAAUACCUGUCAUUCCUGCCUGAAGGGAUGGUGAAAUGUCAGGGGGAAUGUUGUCUGAAACACAAAUAAAAGAUUACCCUUACUCACUGA